UUGUAGAUGUCGAUUUAUAAUCAUAAUUGUUUUGUCUGAAGAAGCCUCGAAGGGUACAGGACUUCUGGUCACAGCUACCUUCACGUAUAUCAUAAGAACUUAGUAUUUCGUAUUAGACUUAUUCUACAUCCAGCGUGGUGAAAACGUGAUAAGUGAUAAUAAGAGCUUGUUUAGUUUGAGUGGUCAGCUCUUGGAAAUUCGUAUUUUCGAAUCUGCUGGAAAAUGAUAUACUAGUAAUCCAGUAUCCUUCUCGGAAAAUUCUCGUUAUCCUGGUUGGCAGUGCUGUUGUGUUAUGUCAUUGAAGGCGGAGAAGCGGUUACCAGAUGAUGGCAACCACCCUGCUGAGAAUUGGUGCUUCACUGAAGUUCGUGUCACCAAAUUCUCCUAUCUGUGGACAAUUGAGAAUUUCAGCUACUGCAAAGAGGAGUUAGGAGACAUAUUGAAAAGUUCCAUCUUUUCAUCCGGCGACAAGGAUGGAAUGCAAUGGUGCCUGCGGGUGAAUCCUAAGGGUCUAGAUGAAGACAGCAAGGAUUACCUGUCACUCUACCUCCUACUUUUACAUUGCGACAAACAAGAAGUUCGAGCGAAGUUCAAGUUUUCGCUGCUCAACUAUAAGCAAGAAGAGCGAAAAGCGAUGGAGAGUCAAAGAGCCUAUCGAUUUGUCACCGGCAAAGACUGGGGAUUCAAGAAAUUCAUCAGACGCGAUUUUUUAAUGGAUGAAGCGAAUGGCCUGCUGCCAAAUGAUUGCCUAACCAUUUACUGUGAAGUGAGUGUCGUGGACGAUCCAACGAACAUUGUGGGUACUAAACCCAAUAAUAUUCUGAUUCCCAAGUGCCAGCUCUCCGCUAAUCUUGGCGAGCUGCUGGACAAUGAGGAGUACACUGACGUGGAACUUAUCGCCGAGCGCCAGACAUUCAGAGCCCACCGCUGUGUGCUUGCGGCACGUUCUCCAGUCUUCAAUGCCAUGUUCAAGUAUAAGGAGCUUGAAGAAAGUCAAAAGGGACAAGUGGAAAUCCAAGAUGUGUCUGCAACUGUGCUUGGUGAGAUGCUGCGCUUUAUCUACACUGGCAAUGUCGACAAGCAAAACCUCGAGGAGAUGGCAGCGGAGCUACUGGCGACAUCUGAUAAGUAUGGUUUGACACGGCUCGUUUCGAUUUGCGAAGAGUACCUUGCCGACAACCUGUCUGUGUCCAAUGCGAUUGAGUCGCUCAUCCUCGCAGAUCACCACUCCAGUACCUUUCUCAAGGCAUCCGCAAUUAAUUACAUCACAAGAAACGCCGCAAAGGUGACGGAAAUGCCUGGUUGGAGUCGAUUAGUUGCAAACUGUCCCAGUCUAGUAGCCGAUGCCUUCAAAGCUGUGGCGAAGCGAGAUCCUCGGCCGCUUUCAGCCAUCUCACCACCCAGAAAGCGGUCUCGUUCAUCUCUAGGCUCAUAGCGGAACAGCUAGCUGCAUGCCAAAGCUGUAGGUGAUCCGUAAUGCUUUGCUGGUAGCGAGUGCUCCUUGCUGUAUUUAUCGUAGAUCAAUGUACAUAAACAUGACUCAUUAUAAUUUCUUUCUUCUAGAACCAUGGCCGUAUUCGUACACAUUGGCUUGAUCUAUUGUCGGCUUCUUAGGAUACGUGUACUUGCAGUGGCAUUCUUAGUUCUGUGUGAAAACCAACAGAUUUGCGCCAAACGCUAUCAUCUAUCUUCGCCCACUCUCUUUCUGUUACCAGCGCUUCUUGCUGUGCUGCAAUUCGUAUGCGAGUGCGUGUUCACCAUGCGCGCACGUGUGUGUAUAUAUGUAUAAUCUGCCCAUACUGAUAACUAUCUAGCUGCGCUUGCGCCGCCUAUACAGUCUAUAUACUCCGAACAUGCUGUGCAUCGUCGGUGAUGCUGUCUUCCCCGUCAUCGGUGCUACUGCCACUGCUGCUGCUGCUGCACUGGUGUUAUUUUAUUUUUUCUCAUUGGCUGGCUGUGUGCAUGUGCUGUCACCAAGCAUGUUUAGUAAUACUCUGCUGCCCCGUUGUGUCCCGUUGCUGCAGUUUAUCCGAUAACAUUGGAAAUCAUUAUUGUGUUGGCACCUGUUUCCCGCUGUACAUUAGUCUAGUUAUCAUCACUCGGUGUUCUCCUGUCAAUAGCAUGCCGUCUGCCAUUGUCAUAGUUUUAUUGAUUACUUUUAGGCUCUUCUUUCCUGCAUGCUGUGUCAUACUUGCUUUCACUCCCCUCCAACCCCACCUGUAGAGAAGUUUUUGAGUCCUUGACGUUGUGUUUUUACAAGCUUGUCCUCUAUCUGCCAUA